GUUGCGGUCGUCUUUGUGUGUGCGCGCGUCUGCCUGUGGUACACACGCUUACACACACACGCGCGUUUACUACUACGACUACUCUGUGUGUGUGUGGCUUGCGUGAGUGAGUGAGUAUGGGUGGUAGGUAGGUCGUCACGGCCCUUCAGUGUGUCUACAAUAGUUAUAUUUAGUGCUGUAGUGACGCGGGCUGCCGGUACAAGCUAUGAGCAGCGAUUCGGAGCAACGUGGAGCCCUCAUGGAGCCGCUCUUGUCUCGCACGAGGCACGAUGAGGAGGCGGUGGUGGAUCGCGGAAAGACCAGCACCAUUCACACGACCAACUUUGAGAAGGAAGACCUGGAUGCUCACCGGACUGUGUAUAUCGGCCUGCACGUGCCCUCGGGCAGACGCAGUCACCGGCGUCACCGACAUCGGGGCCACCGGCACCACCACCGGCGACGGGAACGCGAGCGGGAGGCGAGCCAGGAUGACGCCGAGUCAUCUGCUUAUGAUACGCCGUCGCAGCGUGUGCAGUUCAUCCUGGGGACAGAGGAUGAUGACGAGGAGCAUAUCCCUCACGACCUUUUCACCGAGAUGGACGAGAUCUGCAUGCGCGACGGAGACGAGAGCGAAUGGAGGGAGACUGCCCGGUGGUUGAAGUUUGAGGAAGACGUGGAGGAUGGUGGGGAGCGCUGGAGCAAGCCCUACGUGGCCACCCUGUCGCUGCACAGCCUCUUCGAGUUGCGCAGCUGCAUCAUGAGCGGCACGGUCAUGCUCGACAUGAAGGCCAGCACACUGGAUGAGAUAGCAGACAUGGUCCUGGACAACCAGGUGUCGUCGGGCCUGCUGGACGAGAACGUGCGCGACCGAAUGCGCGACGCGCUGCUCAGGAAGCACCGGCACCAGAAUGACAGCAAGCUCAGCAACAAGAUCCCGAUCGUGAGGUCGCUGGCCGACAUGGGCAAGAAGUACUCGGAUGUUCACGUUCAAGACAAGAAUGACGAAGCGGGCCUCUUAGCCUUUAGACACUCGUCGCUCACUGCGUCUCGCCUCUCCUUGAUCCUUGGCUCUCUGAAGCAUCACGGCUCGACACCGAGCAGCCCGAGCUCGGCGCCAGGCAGCCCGAGCCCAUCGCGUGGUGGCACGCCGCCGGCAUCGCCCGCCAGCCACAGUCCACAGUCCCCGUUACUUUCGCCCGACUGGACCGCCAAGACUCUCACUGAUAGGGGCCACAAAGAGGGCGGCUUCUUGCCCAGCCACGCUGACGUUGCCCCCCUGGUUUUCACAUUUGAUAAGAUCCCAUUGGAAGCUGACAGAGGCGAUGGUGGUGAAGGAUCCUCUGAGCAGCAUGGCCAUUUGCCACCUCCCGAUCGGUAUGGCAGUACUUGUGAGAAUUACGACAGCGGUGACUGGAAGUCUCCAUUGCCUUCUCCGGUGGACCACAUUCCAGAUGUCGUUAUCCACCCUCCAGAAGAAGAUUCUACAAAUCGGGAGAUGGGCCACCUCCUGUCUCCUCCGACCGUCCCCGGGCAAACGGACGUGGAGGGCAGACAGCAGGGUGACUGCCGCCAGGGGGUCAGCCGUGAUAACAGCAACAUGGACUUCAGCAAGGUGGACCUGAACUUCAUGCGCAAGAUCCCCCCGGGGGCGGAGGCCUCCAACGUGCUGGUGGGCGAGGUGGACUUCCUGGAGAGGCCACUCAUCGCCUUCGUGCGCCUCUCCCCGGCUGUGCUGCUGACAGGGAUAACUGAGGUUCCCAUCCCAACCCGGUUUCUGUUCUUUCUGCUGGGGCCACCAGGCAAGGCCCAGCAGUACCACGAGAUCGGCCGGUCCAUUGCAACUCUAAUGGCCGAUGAGAUUUUCCACGACGUCGCCUACAAAGCGAAGGACCGCAAUGACCUCCUGGCAGGGAUCGACGAGUUCCUGGACCAGGUGACGGUGCUUCCUCCCGGCGAGUGGGAUCCCUCCAUCCGCAUUGAGCCCCCCAAGAGCGUUCCCUCCCAGGAGAAGCGGAAAAUGCCGAAUGUGCCAAACGGCGGAGCGCCUGGGGCCGAGCCAGAGCAUGAGGGUCAUGGCAUGGGACCAGAGCUGCAGCGAACUGGCAGGUUGUUUGGAGGACUCGUCGCUGACAUCAAGCGGAAGCUGCCCUGGUACUGGAGCGAUUACCGCGAUGCCCUCAGCCUGCAGUGUGUGGCCUCCUUCCUCUUCCUGUACUGCGCCUGCAUGUCUCCCGUCAUCACCUUCGGCGGACUCCUUGGGGAGGCCACCGAGAAUAGAAUAAGUGCAAUCGAGUCGCUAUUUGGUGCCUCAAUGACGGGUAUUGCGUUCUCGCUGUUCGCGGGGCAGCCUCUGACCAUCCUGGGCAGCACGGGACCCGUACUCGUUUUUGAGAAGAUUCUCUACAAGUUCUGCAAGGACUACGGGCUGUCGUACCUGUCGCUGCGUGCGUCCAUAGGCCUGUGGACGGCGUUCCUCUGCUUGUUGCUGGUGGCCACGGACGCCAGCUCGCUCGUGUGCUACAUCACUCGUUUCACCGAGGAGGCCUUUGCCUCACUCAUCUGCAUCAUCUUUAUCUACGAAGCGCUGGAGAAGCUCGUGCACCUGGGGGAGACGUACGAGGUCAACUCUCACGCAGACCUGGAGCAGCUCACGCACUACUCGUGUUCUUGCGUGGAGCCUCAAGAUCCCAGCAAUAAGACGCUGCUGUUGUGGCAGAAUCUGAAUGUUACGCCUGACUCAAUACCCUGGGCAAACUUGACUGUCAGCACUUGUCAGCAGCUGCACGGGGACUUUCUGGGCUCGGCGUGCGGACACCACGGGCCCUUCGUCCCUGACGUGCUCUUCUGGUCCGUCAUCCUCUUCUUCUGCACCGUUUUCCUCUCCGCCUUCUUCAAGCAGUUCAAGACCAUGCGCUACUUCCCUACCAAGGUCCGAUCAUCGGUCAGUGACUUUGCCGUGUUUCUCACCAUCCUGUCCAUGGUGCUGGUUGACUACGCUCUGGGGAUCCCUUCCCCAAAACUCCAGGUCCCCAGUGAAUUUAAGCCAACACGCGAUGACCGCGGCUGGUUCGUGAACCCCAUUGGAACCAACCCCUGGUGGACCUUCCCGGCAGCGCUGGUGCCUGCCCUGCUCUGCACCAUCCUCAUCUUCAUGGAUCAGCAGAUUACGGCCGUCAUCAUCAACCGCAAGGAGCACAAGCUCAAGAAGGGCUGCGGCUACCACCUGGACCUGUUGUGCGUGGCGCUGAUGCUGGGCGUGUGCUCCAUCAUGGGGCUGCCGUGGUUCGUGGCGGCCACGGUGCUUUCCAUCUCGCACGUCAACAGCCUCAAGCUCGAGUCGGAGUGCUCCGCGCCCGGCGAGCAGCCCAAGUUCCUGGGCAUCCGCGAGCAGCGCUUCACGGGGCUCAUGAUCUUCCUGCUCAUGGGCUGCUCUGUCUUCAUGACUACAGUGCUCAAGUUCAUCCCCAUGCCUGUGCUCUACGGUGUGUUCCUGUACAUGGGCGCCUCCUCCCUGCGUGGGAUCCAGCUGUUUGACCGGCUGAAGCUGCUCGGAAUGCCGGCCAAACACCAGCCCGACUUCAUCUACCUGCGCCACGUGCCGCUGCGCAAGGUGCACCUGUUCACCGUCAUCCAGGUCUCCUGCCUCGUGCUGCUCUGGGUCAUCAAGGCAUCGCCUGCCGCCAUCGUCUUCCCCAUCAUGGUGCUUGCACUGGUGUUCAUCCGGAAACUGAUGGACCUGUGCUUCACCAACCACGAGCUGAGCUGGCUGGACGACCUCAUGCCCGAGAGUAAGAAGAAGACCCUUGAAGAUGACGACGAUGACAAGGACGAGGACCCCGACGGAAUCAUUGAAGUGUCUGACGUGGGCACCGUCCAGCUGCCCCUGAAAGGGGGGGACGUUCUCAACAUCCCCAUCAAAAGCAUCAAGUACAGUCACGAGGACCCAUCCAUCAUCAACAUCUCACAGGAAAUGGACAAGACGUCCAUGUGGAGGGCGGUGACUGGGAGCACUGAGAAGGCGGAGAGCUCUGCAACCAAGAGCCCAUCUACCCCAUGCCCCAUUUAGAAUUGCGGCCUGCAUAGCCAAGAGCGUAUUAGACUGGAUGGCCACAAGGACAAGAGGUUCAGCGUUCAAACCGAGACAUCGGUGUGAAUCGGUGACCAGCUCGGCACGUGGAUCCGGGACACGAGACUUGAGUCUCGAAAGCGAUGCCUGGAAGGGUCCACAUCAUCAUCCCAUUCAGCCAAACUGUUGGAUUCUCUCUUAUCUGACACUUUUUACACAUUGCGGUUCAGCAGCCAUUUUUUUACCAGGUGAGAAUCUAUUGAGACGUUGAGUUAUAAUUCACCUGUUCCUCGGAAGGUAGUAUUCACUGUUAUUCAGUGUCAAAAAAUUGUUUAAUCUCCCAACAAAUGGUGGCGAUAUAGCCAUUUUUCUGCCACAUUUUGGCAUGUACUGCUGUUUCCUGUCAACGUGAGAAUUAUACUUGACAAUUUUUUGUUCAUGGUGGCAUGACAAUUUUAUCACGCUAAAAUGUAAUAAUUCACUUGCACCAAUUUAAAUAUACAUUGCCUCACACAAAGUGAGGUAUACACUCUUGUCCACUGCAAGUUUUAAAAAUGACAGUUUUGUCAAGCCAGAAAAGUUAAUGUUUUUAGUCCUUUGUAAAAAAAAAAAGUCACCGAAAUACAUUUAAAAUACUUUAUUUUCACCAGCAAAGCUUGAAGCUACUGCACCAUUAUCUUUUCGACGUAGUUCAGUAAUAAUAUCUAUCUUGUUCAAAUAAAGAUGAGAAGAACAGAUUUUGUUCGUGCGGUUGGGCUGUCAUAAAACGAGGUCACUUUUUGAGCUUGAAAUUGGGUGAAAGACUGGGUGUUGGGAACGUUUGUAGAUGAUUAUGAUGUUGAUAAUAUUCUUUUUUUUUCACCAUGCAGAAGCUCACAUUGCUCAGCCGGUUUAAUAUUUUUGCAAUUUAACAAUGUUUAUCUUACAAGUUGGUUAAAUUGGCAUCUGCAAGUGGAAAUGCUGUGUUAGUACAUCUGACUUAUUCUAUGAAAUAAUCAAUAAAAAGGCGCCAUUUUCCCUAAUCGUCACCGAUUUUAAAUAUUUUCAUUUCAGGGCAUAGUUAAAUGUGAGUUUUUUUAUUUGUGUUUUUGCACCACUGCCAAUGCAGUACCAAUAUAAAGUAUGGUUCAUUCAACUAGGGUUGCUCAUUUGGAAAUACACGGAGUCCUGCCUGAUUAUGUCUGUAUUACACCCAAAUGUGCAAAAGAGCAUACUUCAGACUGGUGAUUGAGACAUCACAUGCUCUUGGUUUGCCUGUUGUUAUUUAUGGGGAUGUUCCACAGUGUCCCAUACCUGAUUGACUGCCAUUGCAUCACAAGCCUUCCUGGUUGAACAGUGCAGUGGUCUGGAACCCAUUAUCAUGAAAUGUAGGUUUUAAGGCCACAAAAGAGUGUGUGUUCUGUUAGUUUACGCUUACAGUGUUAGUGUUUUAGACGUGAUCGUAUGGUUUUUAAAUUUCCGAGUGUGAUAAAGCAGAGCCCAUUUGUUACGUUCAUACAAUUACACGAGGUCAAACAAUAUAUGUUGAUGUACAGUGCAUGGAGAAAAUGUCUUAAAGCAUAAGAGAAAGCAUUCGCUUAGAACACCUGAGACUGAUUACUUGAUAGGCAGUGGCACAGAGUAAACUGAUAUUUGUAAAAUACACUGAAGCCUCAUCUUGAUGUGGUAGCUGAAAAAUCCUGUUGUCGGCAGGUGCAAUGUAAGAUUGUGAAAGUACCAAUUUCCUUUGACAAACGUAAGAUUUUUGUGGUUUAAAAUUUCUGCGGGAAUCAAUUGCGUUGUUUCAUUUCACCAGUUGAGUGCAUGAUGUGAACACAAGACUUUGAAAACCAUUCAUUCUGAAGGUGUAAUAUUUUUGUUUAAAAUUAGACUGAUACCAGCAAUCAUUGGCGUCCUCUUGAUAAAUUAUGUCACAGGGUAUUUUAAUAUUCCAUUUGCAAUCGACAGUAAGUCUUGACAAUGCCUUUCCAUGUUAGGAGGUGGAAAUGGAACUUACCCUCGGAGCCAUUGCAAAAAAAGACUGGCAUGUAUACACACCACAAGGCCUCCUCGCUACCAAAGCUGUCAGUGUGUUCCACCUCAUUUUAAAAGUUUUUCCCACAAUCCUAUUUCUCAAGGUUAUUGGUGCUCUUGCAUAUUUCCAUUGUUACUAGCUUAUAUCCGAAGUUUUUGAAGGUCACGAAUUGCAAUCACUUGUCUGCUUGUAACGAAAUUAUUACAGCGUGAAUCAAUAGACUGUUUAAUCUCGCAUUACAAAUUAUUUACUGAGAAUGUAUGACGCUGUUGUAUACAUGUGAUUCACAAAAAAACUAGUAUUUUCCUACCUAUUUAAGUGUAAGUGUCUUGUAGUCAAGGCCCUGCAGUGAACGGCACAACUCUUUCUCAAGUGUGUUUGAUGGUACUCCAAAAGCUGAGGUGAACAUUGAACGAAGAAAUGUUGUUUUUAACUUUGAAUUUAAUUAUGGUUUAUUUAUUCAACGUUUUAUUUUGCUGGAUAAAUUUUGUUUGCACAGCAUUAUUGUAAGCUGUUAUAUGAUUCAAAAUGAGAGCAGUGUUCUGUUAGCGUGGACAUGUUGGCUAGUUUGGUUACCUGCAGUAAUAAUCAGAAGCCAAGUGCUUGGACAUCGCUAUUGGCUUAUGCUUUCUCCUGUAAGUAAAAACCCAUGUGCCUAGCAGAGGAGGAAAAUCUGCAUUUUCUUUUUCCACUUUGAAGGUCUUUGGCCAACUGCAUAAAAUUACCCUUUGAUUCACACUGAUAUCCAUUGAAAACUAUGGGGAAAUGUCGCUUUAAAAUAGAUAUUAUGCAACUUACCAAAAGUACUGUAUUGGUCAAUGUAAUAAUUUUACCAAGACAGGAAAGAAAGAUCGAGUCCCAAAUAUAUAUUUCCAAAUUUAGUGUUGGGAACCAAUGAUGUUAAGUGAUGAAGGGCAAGGUUUUUCCUCUAAUCCAUUUGCUUAUUCAGACUAAAUCCGCCUCACGGCUGCCAUAUACACUGCCGUACAACAGCAAUAUAUACAAUCGGCAGACAUUGUUUGGCAGUGGCACCUUUUUUGGGCAUUGUUAGCAAUGCCGAGGUGUCUUUGGCCUGUGCUUGCACACCAUUACCAGCUCAAUCCAUUAAUUUAGUGCUUCGUCAAUCUUAGAAAGCCAGCUCUAUUAUAUGUGCACAUGUUUAUCCAUACGUUACAGCCGUAACAUAAACGAUCAGUUAAUACAAUUGGAGAAAAUGCUGCAUUUGUAUGGCAGCAACGAGAAUGGCAAAUGGGUAAGUUUGUUAUUACGAGUAGCUCAUCUUUUAGGUUUUUAAUAAGUUUCACGCAGUAGUGGACGGUGUUGUGUUUUUUCUUUGCACAUGCGGUACGUGCGGUGUAAGCCUGACAUAUCAGCCUGGUUUCAUUGCAUGGCUCCGUGUCUGCUUGUGAUGUGCAAUUAUCUGUCCCUCCCGUUGCAUUUUGCUCGUGUGGCCGACUUGUUAUACUGCAGGUGGAAGCCUGUUGUCGUGGCGUCUGGUCGUUGGUGAUUGCCCAAAUGAGUGCUCCAGUUGCUAAUGUGGUUAUAUUGUAACUCCUGCAGAGUCCAUUUAUAGGAGUUGGGUGAUGGAAUUAGAAUUGUUAUAGCUGAAUGUUUGAUAUUUUUAUAACGUCGUUACGCUGAAAGUUAAAAGUAAAUAUGCGACAAUUAAUUAUAGAAACGAUAAACUGUUGUAAUUGACAUUCAUUUUGUGAAAAGUAUUACUGUAUCUGAAGUGAAGCAAGUGCGUAAUCAGCAAUGCGUGUUAACGUGUGUGAAUCUCAUCGCCACAGAAAAUAGACAUCUCGGCAUUAUUGUGGUAAUCUGUAAAAAAAAAAAAUAGGGCUUCAGUGCUUGAGCCUGGCAAGUCCUCUCAACCCAUUGCUGCCCACCGAGGACUGGUGCCACAGUCAAGUGAAGGGGGCAUCCACCUUGUUGUGUUUCUGUGACGAGAACUCUGCUGCCUUCAAUACCGAUGUAGUUUCAGCCGUGUUUACGUUUUGUAAUACCAGCCCUAGGAAAUCUGUUCCACUUAUAAGCAAUAAACCGUUCGGGGGAAUCG